CCCGCGUCCCCCUCUCGCCCUGGCCGCUCGCGCAGCUGCUCGGCUCUUGCUAUAUAAAGGGGCGAAGCGGGCAGAGCGGGCGGCUGGUGGCGGCGGCUGCAGCCCGAGGGUCGGCGAACGAGGCCGGGCCAGGCCGCGGGGCUCCCCGUGUGCCGGGGCGGGACGCGCGGGGCUCGGGGGGGACGCGCCGGGCAGGUUUAUUGUUUUAGGGGCGACUCCGCCGUGGUGGGGGUGUCCCGGGGGGCUCGGGACAUGGCGAGCUCGGCUAACACAAACCCCGUGCCUAAACUGUACAGGUCCGUAAUCGAAGAUGUCAUCAAUGAUGUCCGAGAAGUUUUUUUGGAUGAAGGAGUAGAUGAACAAGUCCUUCUGGAACUCAAAACACUGUGGGAGAACAAGCUGAUGCAGUCCAAGGCUGUAGAUGGGUUUCAUUCAGAAGAACAGCAACUUUUGUUGCAGGUUCAGCAGCAGCAACAGCAGCAGCAGCAGCAUCACCACCACCACCAUCAUCAUCAUUCACAACCACAGCAGACUGUGCAGCAGCAAUCCCAGACACAACAAGUCCUUAUUCCUGCAUCCCAGCAAGCACCUCAGCAGCAGGUUAUUGUGCCAGAUUCAAAGUUGAUACAGCACAUGAACGCGUCAGGCAUGAGUGCGGCUGCCACUGCAGCUACCUUGGCUUUGCCUGCUGGUGUUACUCCUGUUCAGCAGAUACUUACAAAUUCAGGCCAGAUCCUGCAGGUAGUUAGAACUGCAAAUGGAGCUCAGUAUAUCAUUCAGCAACAGCAGCCAGUGGUUCUACAGCAACAGGUUAUACCACAGAUGCAGCCUGGUGGUGUACAAGCUCCUGUUAUACAGCAGGUUUUGGCUCCUAUCCCUGGAGGGAUCUCCCAGCAGACAGGAGUGAUUAUUCAGCCGCAGCAAAUCCUAUUUACAGGGAACAAAACACAGGUCAUACCCACAACAGUGGCAGCUCCUACACCGGCACAAGCACAGAUUACUGCUGCCAGUCAGCAGCAACCACAGCAACAGGCACAACCACAAGCACCACUUGUACUCCAAGUUGAUGGAGCUGGAGACACAUCAUCUGAAGAAGAAGAAGAUGAGGAAGAAGAUUAUGAUGAUGAUGAAGAGGAAGACAAAGAAAAAGAUGGAGGUGAAGAUGGCCAGGUUGAAGAGGAGCCCCUUAAUAGUGAAGAUGAUGUGAGUGAUGAGGAAGGACAAGAGCUGUUUGAUACAGAGAAUGUUGUCGUAUGUCAGUAUGAUAAGAUCCAUAGAAGUAAAAACAAGUGGAAGUUUCACCUCAAAGAUGGCAUAAUGAAUCUCAAUGGAAGAGAUUAUGUAUUUUCCAAAGCCAUUGGAGAUGCAGAAUGGUGAAGUUUUUAAGACAAAACAAAAAACUAGAAAAAAAGAAAAAAUCAGAAAGGUUGAGACUUGGACAUAAACUUCAACCAAAACUUACGUCUGCACAUCAGAAAAGAACAGUACCAACAAAACUACCGCAACAAAGGUAGAGCGUGGCAACAUAGACACUACUUCAAAUGGGCAAGCCAUGGAACUGUAGCAGCUAGCAUUGUCUGGGAUACCUUAAUUAUCAAUUCUAUAUACAGGUACCUGCAGCUGGUAAUUAGCAUGUAAGGCUUUGUCUCCCUGUUCCUCCCCUUGGGUUAAGGUUUUAAAAUUUCUUCCACUGAACUGAAGGAACUCUUCCCUUUUGAUAUACUCGUAGUCUGACAAUGCUUAUGUGUGUACAAAUCUUUGUUUUGAACACUUCCUUUUGGUAGUGAGGGUGGUCAGAAUAUUGUUUGAACGGUGUGCAGGCUUUGUACAGAAGAGUAAGAAUUAAGGUGAUACAUUUUAAUUAUCUUGUAUAACAAAAAUAUUUUUAAUUCUGCUAUAGUCAUGUAUAAUUUUAACUACAGUUAAUUUUCUCAAUUCUUCUCCCAUAAACAAAUUUUCAUUCCUAGCAGUUACAAAAUGUAAAAUGAUUACUUAUAUUUUCGAGCCAUUUCAAUUUGACAUGAAUGACUCUUUUCAAAAGUGCUGAGCACCUGUAGCUCCUUCUGAAAACUCAAACCACUUACUUUAUUUUUAAAAACAUUCUUGGCAUUUGAAGUGGUUCAGCCUCACGGAGCUCAGAGGACUCUGUGGUAGCUUUCCUUCACUUCUUUAAAAGAUCAGUGUCUUGGAGACCUUGCAAAUGAAAACUCCAGGUAUUUUGAUCUCUUAGUGUAUGCAUUCCUCCAACCACUUACUACAUUUACAGCCCAGGCAUCCAUGAAUACUGUUGGACAAAUACUACAGGAAUGGCUAAACUGGAUAAGGGAAAGUAUAUAUAUAUAUAUAUAUAUAUAGCCAUUUAUACCUUACCUAAAGUUCUGCUAAUCAGGAAAUAGAGCUUAAUUGUAAAAUACCCUGUAAUUUUAAAGUAUAUUCUUAUUGACAAGUUAAGAUGUGUUGCAGGGAACCUGUUUAAAAUCUCCAAGUGACAUGGUUCUGCUUGCAAUCAGGCUUUCAGGAAUGGAGUUCCUGCUGCAGCAGAGAAGAGGGAAUUGGAAUUCUAGAUCAGACAUUUCCAACGAAGGAGUGAGCAUGCUUUAUGUGGUUCCCCAUUACAACUUAAUGUUCUUACUAGCUACCUGAAAAGCAAUGAAAAGAAGGCAGAGGAAGUCAAAUGUAACUCAAAUUAGGGAGAACUGCAGAAGCAGAAACUUUACCCACUACUUCUUGGCUUUUGUUCUUGCAAAAUGAAACUUUUAAAAUAGUUUUUAAUGAAAUCACAAGUGUAUUUAAUCAGCACUGUAUAUUAACUGCCUUCUGUCUCCCUUACCUGUCUUUCGUUACUGAUCUCCAAAUGCAUUCAUAGUCUCAGUAGCUUACAGGAAAUGCACAGCACAUUGCAAGGAAGAAAUCUGAGCAGUUACAUAUGUUUUUGCACCUGUGGUGUUACUAAAUAGAACGAAAUUGUCCUUAAUUCACAUGUAGAGCCAUAUGUUUAUUAGUAAACCACCUGAUCUGCAUACAUUGUAAAUGUCAUUAAAGUUCAGUUUCUGGUGUUACUAACUCAUAGGUAAUUAAUGCUCUACUCAUUUAGGAUACAAAUUUGGCUCUGGACUUCAAGGUAUCUCAUGCUGAGUGGCGUUUUCUUUUUCUCUGUACAAAGCAGAAAUUUUGUGGUUUUUUUUUUAAUGUGCCACUAUACUUUUAAAGCAUAUGUGAUUACAAUGAAAUCAAUUACUUAUCAACUAAUUAUUACCCUUGCUUCUCUUGUGUAUCUUUGAGUAGUGUUGAUGGCUAUCACGAGUAGAUUCAUAGCCUUUCAAAUUACUUAAAUAUGGACUUAGAACAAAUCCCAUAUAGUGCACAAAUCAACCAAUGAAACCCCUUUAGCUACAGAUUCCUGUUUAUACUACUGGAACCCAGAUUACUGUACAAGAUAUUUAGUCUCUUCUUACAUUUAGGGUUCUUCACCCACAUGUUUAGAGCAGACAUUGCAUAGCCUUUUUAUUUAUUUUAAGGGAUACCACAGCUUUAAAGAUGACUUAAAUUUAGUUUAUCUCGAAGGAUGUUUAGAAACCAUCUGUACAUGCACAGUGUCUUGCAAAUUAAUUAUGGUAUGCUUGGCAGAUGAGGGUUUUGGUCUUUUAAUACAAGUACCUGUGAAGUCUUCUGAAAGCCAGUCAAAUAUAAACAUACCAAACUGUGCUCUUAUUGCUAUGUCAAGUGUUCCUUUUUUAAAUCAGAAAGCAUGUUUUAAUUUCAUUUUAUUGUAGCAGCUUGCUGUAAGAAUGUAGUUUGCUUAAUUUUAUUAUUGUACUUGAAUUUUAAUCAUGGUUUUAAUGUUGUAAUUGAACAGACCAUUUCAUUAGAUUCCAUUCCUUUCAGAGGGCAAGGGAUUCCCAUGUUCAUAGUUUUUAAAUUAUUAAUUUUUUUUCUUGAAAGUAGAAAAUAGAUUUUUCAUUUAAAUAGUUCAGUAUUAUGAAGGCAAUUAACGGUUUCAAGAGGGCUUAUGUUUAGAUUUGCACAGAUAACAGAGCACCUUUUUUGACUUUAAGAUGGAAAAAAUAGGGACGAUAACUUCAUGGUUAAAAUAUUAACCUUCAGGGCUAAUGGAAAUUUACAGAGCAACUGGACAAAGUUGGGAGUCUUGUGCCUUCUCAAUUUGCAGAUAUUCCUGCUUUGUCAGCAUGAUGAUACUCGAGGUCUAUUGGAUUCCUGAGACAGUAGGUGUCCUGCAGUGCUUCAGUCAUAAAUAAACAUUUUAGCUCUAAUUAUAUUGGCUUUUUAGUGUGUGCAAUCAUUUAAUAAAAACAUCAAAGUUGAAAAGGAAUAAAAAUAUGUUGUCUGCUAAGGAGAUAAUAGAGACUUAGUCACAUAAGGAACUUUAUAUUGGACUAUUUAAAUAAAAUUUAUAACUUUAUUCUCUCCUGCCCCCAAUGUUAGUGGCAAAAUGUCUGAGGUUUCAUCCACCUUUUUCCUGCAUUGUAAUUUCAAGCUGCUUUUUGACCUGAGUAUUUUCCUAUCAACAGAUCAUGACAAGUAUAAAGAUUGUGGUCGCAGGUUUAUUCUCUAAGGGAUUAGAUUUGGUUCUGAAGCACAGUUGCUGGAAAAGAGCGAAUAACAUACUAAAUGUGAUCUAACAGUUUUGUAUCAGUGUGGUUUUUUGUUUUUUUCUAUUUUUAAUGCAGUGUAAGUAAACUUUGCUGGGUUUCAGUUUUGUUUUGUGAAAGUAACUGUAUCAUCCAUUAAUACCCAAAAGCAAUUAUGUCACCAUAAAACGCUACCAGGAAAAAAUUUUGUUAUUCCAAUGCAGGAGAAAAAUGAGACCCUUUUCACUAGAGUUCACUUUGAAGUUUGUCUUCCAUUUGAAAAAGUUCCUUUUUUGUUGUUUUGCAGGAUGCAAUAAAAUGUUUAAGAAUUAGACCUGUGGCUUUAGGGUACUGCACACUGUGGAUUUUUAUUGGGUCGCCUUAUACAGCUUUGCAAUUUUUUAUAAAGAUUUAAUUCAAAGUUGUUUCAGAUCUUGAGUUUAGUGGUUACAAAAGACGGGGGAAACUUGUAUGUUGUUACAUUUGUGUCUUUAGUCUUGAUUUCCUAUUAUUCUGAGUGCCUGGGGCAUAUGUACAAGCCAGGCCUUUUUUUCAUGCAAAUCAAGCUACUGUUGCCUACUCUUUUUCGUGGUUCACUUUUUUAAAAUUUAGUUUGGAUUGGAUACUGAGGACAAAAAGGAACUUUUUUAAACAGGAAGAACUAUUUUGGAUUAGCUACAUGUGUAGCCAUCCAAAGUUCACUUGUUCCAGCGUGCAUAGGGUACUAAUAAAAAUAUGGGGAAGGGGAACGUCCUUUUCUGCUGUUCUGAGCUACUAUUGUCAACUGCUGUUGUACAUAUACUGUUAUGUGUAAGGGGGUAAAUAUAUUUAUUAUGUUUGUAAAAUUCAUUCUGUACAAUUGCAGAUCAAGGUUGCUCUUCUGUGAUAUACAGGAUAUUAUGUUUCAAAGGCCAUGCUUGGAAUACAAUUAGAGAACUUAGUAUUUUGAUGUACUAAGACCUAUUUUAAGUUUAAUAUUUUGCCUUUGCAAAAACUUUAAUUAAAGAUGUUAUUUAAAAAAUAA